AUGUGGAGAUUAUGUCGUAGAUCAUUGUUGGAAAAGACUGUGAAGAACUGCUUGAAAAACGAAAACUCGCGGAACUACUCGUUCCAAACGUUGAGUUCGACUAAAGAUGUAAGUGCAAGCUUAAAACUUUGAAUAAAUAACAGACAAAGGUUUCAGGCAUACUCGGCACUCACACAAACUCAACUUUUGAAUUUAUUACGAAAAGAUAAACGAUUUGAAGAGCGGUUUAUCGAUCAGGCAUGUUGUUUGCUCUCUUUUUCUUAUUUUAUUUUGUUUAAGGUUGUGAAAACUCUGAGUUUAUUUGCAUCAAACACUCCUGAGGCGUUGAAAAAGUUCUUCCGGCCGGAUACCAAGAAAGGUUUUAUUUCGAAAAGAAAUGUUCAUUUUUAUGUUUGUUAAGAGGAGCAAAAAGAAGGAGGAACUCAAAAGAAAGACGAUGGGAGCAAAAUCGGCGGUAGUGGUGGAACCGGCGGCGGUAAAGGGCCUCUCGAUAAUUUGUGAGUUUCUCGAAUCUUUUGUCUGAAAAAAAUUAUAUUUUUAUUAUAUCCUUUAUGCUACUAUUUAAUCAGUGCAUUUUUUUCAAAUUAACUGUUUUUUUCAGUCCUGGACAAUGGCAGCAGAUCGCAUUUUCCGUUGCAGUUUUACUGGGCCUGUAUUUGUUCAUGGAUUACCAAUCAUAUCGUGAAAUUUCUUGGAAGGAGUUUUAUUCCGAGUUUUUAGAGCCUGGAAUUGUGUGUUUUUUCUUCAGAACUUUUUCUAAGAUCGAAUUUUAAGGUUGAACGCCUCGAAGUUGUUGAUAAACGCUGGGUCAGAAUUAUCAGUUCUUCCGGUAAACAUUCUGGGGUUCGUUCUUUCUUUUCUUUUUGGCACUGAAGUUUUCUGAUUUGUUUUCUCAGCUUGUUAAAUACAGAAGAAAAAAAUAUUUUUUUCUUUUUCUUUUUGAAAAAAAGUAAAUGUUGAAGAAGAAAAAUUUUUUUCUUUUCAGUCUUUUUUUCGAUGUUUUUCGAUUUAAUACAUUAUCAUUGUGAACUUGAAAGCUUCAGAAUUUAUUUUUAGUUGCUUUUUUCCUGUGAAAUUCUUUCGUUGUUUUCAACUUUCCUAUAAAUCCUAGAAGCCCUGUAAUCUUGAUCAUACUUAUUUUUGAAUUAACGAUUUUUUGAUAAGUUCCAUUUUUUUUUCUCGUUUCUGAAAGCUUACAUAAAAUCUUAUCAAAUCGAAAAAAGUCAAGUGGUUUUAGAUCUAGUUCCGGGCAUUUAUUUCCUAAAAGAAAACAAAAAUUUUUCUCAUUCAGUUGCGAGAAAUUUCAGUUUUUCAGUAAUAUUUCUCAAAAAAAAUGAAAAAAACUAAUGUUUCAGCAAACCUGCUACUUCAAUAUUGGCAGUGUGGACAGUUUCGAGAGGAGCUUGGCACAGGCCCAGCAUCAUUUGGCUUAUGAAUCCGAUCGUCAAAUCCCGGUCCUCUACAAAUCCGAGUUCGAUUUGUAUGUUUUUGCUGAUGCUUUCAAUUUAUUUCGUUCAACACAUUCCAGAGUGUUUUUUUUUUUCAGAAAACGGGAACUUCCCAACUUGAUAAGUAUCGCGUUUCCAUUGCUUUUCGCAUUUUACCUCUACCGUAUGCUGAGAGGCGGUGGAGCAGGUUUGCAGUGUUUUUUGAAUUUCAUAAUAAUCUUGAAAAAGGAGCCGCCGGUCGGGCUGGAGGUCCUGGCGGCGGAAUCGGAGGAAUGUUCGGCGGGUUCGGUCAGAGUACGGCUAGGGUCAUCAAUAAGGAAGAUAUCAAGGUUCCAGCUGAUCUUUAUUAUUUUCACAAAAAUGUUCAGGUCAAAUUCGCCGACGUCGCCGGUUGCGAAGAAGCGAAAAUCGAGAUCAUGGAAUUUGUAAACUUUUUGAAAAAUCCGCAGCGAUACAAGGACCUCGGCGCCAAAAUUCCCAAAGUUGGUUUUUGAAAAGGAAAAGUUGGAUAAUUGAGAAAUUAUUGGUAGAUAAUAGGAAGGGAAAGCUUGAAAUUUUUAGAUAAUCUGAAAAAUCCGGAAUAAUAAUCAUCAUUUGAAACUUUUUGAAUGCAUAAAUAUUUUCUAAUGACCAGAAGAGGUUUUAUAAGAAAAUCCAGAAAAAAAAUGUAAAAUGUUUUCCUAAGGGCUAAAACGAUUUCCUUUCAUUUUUUUUUUCACGAAUCUCCCAAGUUGUUCAGGGAGCUAUCCUGACUGGACCCCCCGGCACAGGAAAAACCCUUUUGGCCAAGGCGACCGCUGGCGAAGCUCACGUACCCUUCAUCACUGUUUCUGGAUCCGAAUUCUUGGAGGUGAGUAACUUAUUUUUUUCUAAAAAAAGUUAUUAUGAGGCCAGUAAUUUUUCCUUACGUUUGGAAGCUUUCCGAAAUUAAUAAUGGAAAACCCGGAUUUUUUUCGUUUGCUAGAAUUACAAAAUCAAAAUUUUUAAAUUUUCAAGCGUCGUUUUAGGGUUUAUUUUCAGGUUGAGCUUUUUUUUAAAUUGGAGGUUUCUGCGAUUUUCUAUUCCUAUAAUCAUCCAUUUAUACAUAGAAAAAGUCUUUUUAUUCAAUCGUGAAGUUCCAAUCUUCUCUCGCGUUUUUCUACCGUAUCCAAAGCUUCUAGUAGAUUCAAGGCUAGCUUGAGCCAUCGAGAAAAGGGUCCUGACAGGAUAAUAAAAGAGACAUUGUCUUUUUUGCGGAGAGCGCAGGCAGGCCACGCCCCUUAACAUCCCAAGCUAGCCAUUAAUCAGCUAUACUUUCUAAUCUUUUUGAGCUGUCUCAAAUUAACGAAAUCGCUUUUCAGAUGUUCGUCGGAGUCGGUCCCGCCCGUGUCCGCGAUAUGUUUGCGAUGGCGCGCAAAAACUCGCCGUGUAUCCUUUUCAUCGACGAGAUCGACGCCGUCGGAAGGAAAAGAGGAGGAAAAGGCGGAAUGGGCGGACAUUCCGAACAGGAGAACACCCUCAACCAGCUCCUCGUUGAGAUGGACGGUUCGUUUCGAAAAGUACCUGGAGAAGUCACGGUUUCCGAAUCGUUUCCUUUUUUUGUUUGAAAUGCAAUAAAAUUAACUUUUUUAGAACUUUUUACUAGCAGAUAGUCUAUAUUGUAUAAUUAGUUUUUGCAAUGAAAAGUCCCUCUCGGGGUUCAACCACAGGUCUUUCAGCCAUGACUCAAAGAAAAAUUUGUAGGAUUCUCGACGGACGAAUCUUCUGUGAUCGUUGUCGCGGCGACGAAUCGCGUCGAUAUCCUGGAUUCCGCGUUGCUCCGUCCCGGCCGCUUCGAUCGGCAAAUCUACGUACCUGUGCCGGAUAUCAAGGUGACUUCGAAGAGCCGAUCCAAAAAAAUCUUUGAAAAAUAAUAAGAACCUUUACAUUCAAAUAAUAAAUAUAUCUUUUUUUCAGCUGUGAAUCUGAUCAAAAUUCUCAGAAAUGUUCUUUAAGGUCCUCAGAUCCUAGAUCACAAAAAAAGUUCUCUUUUUUUCUAUGAAUAAAAUGAGGCGAAAAAAAGGGCCUUGUAGACACCGCAAUUGGCUAAAAGUCGAGAAGUUUUGUUAUAGUUUAGAAACUUCCAUUCACAAUUUCUCCUCUAAAAAGAAAAGCAACAUUCCUUCAUGUUUGAUUUUCUCAGGGCCGAGCUUCGAUUUUCCGUGUUCAUCUACAGCCGCUCAGAACUUCCCUGGACAAGAUUGAACUUUCGCGCAAACUCGCCGCCCAUACUCCUGGCUUUUCGGGUAGGAGUUUUUGCGAAGAUUCAGAGACAAAAUGUUGAAAUUAAUUGAAGAUUGUUCAGCUUAUUUGGGAACACUUGUGGAAGAAAGUGUGUUUCCUAAUUUUCAAGGUUUUUCUAGGAGCUGACAUUUCCAAUGUCUGCAACGAAGCCGCUCUGAUCGCGGCCAGAGACGCAAACGAUGAAAUUGGGGCCAAACACUUCGAACAAGCCAUCGAACGCGUUGUCGCCGGAAUGGAGAAGAAGACUCAGGUUCAUCCGGUUUCCGGAAAAGGCCUCGGACUUUGAUCCUCAGGUCCUGCAACCUGAAGAGAAGAAAACUGUAGCUUUCCACGAGGCGGGCCAUGCGAUCGCCGGCUGGUUCCUGCAGUACGCGGACCCCUUGCUCAAGGUCUCCAUCAUCCCGCGCGGAAAAGGCCUCGGAUACGCCCAAUAUCUGCCCAAAGAGCAGUACUUGUACUCCAAGGAACAGCUCUUGGAUAGGUGAGGGGACAGUUUUCGCUUGAUUUGUGUAUAAUGAAUAGACUAGUUUUACCUAUUUUUGCCUUUAUUUCGCGUUAUUAGCCCUUAAAGAGCGAUUUUCGAUGAUUUUUUUUUUAAAGUUUUGUUUUUAACGUUUUCAAGCUCGCGGAAUUUGAAUAUGGGAUAGAAAGACAUUUUUAAGCUUAAAUUCAUGAAGUUUUUUAAUCGACCAACUCGUUUUUGAAGUUUUCUCUAAUAAAAAAAACUGAUUGAUCGAUUUUAUCAAUAGAAUAUUUUUAAUUAGCCCAGUUUUUUUGACAGCGAAAAAUUUCUUUCUUCGCCAUAUUUUUUUAUCAUGUUUUCGAAUUCCAUGGUUAAAUUUGAUUUUCUAAAGUUGUAGUGAAGAAAUUUUGAAGGAAAAAGCGCUUCUGAGAAAGGGUUGAAGGAUUUUUUUCAAAAAGAAAAAAUUCAUGAUUUUUAUGACGAAACGGAGUUAGGAUUUUUUUUUCGGAACCUUCUCCGCACCAAUUUUACUUUCUAACCAAAUUUCAUGCCAAACUCGAAAAAUUACCUUCUCAGGAUGUGUAUGACUCUUGGUGGAAGAGUUUCCGAAGAACUGUUCUUUGGCGGCCGAAUCACGACAGGAGCGCAAGACGAUUUACAGAAAGUCACUCAAAUCGCCUAUUCUCAGGUGAAUUCCAUUUUUUUAUUGCUCGAAAAUCCUUUUUGAAACGAACGAAAUUUAUUCAGAUCAAAAAUCAGCCAACAGAAUAG